AUGGCUACUGAGACCUCAGCCGCUCCGGCAAUAAUUCCGGCUGAGGAUGCAUCCGGACCUAUGUGCCCGGACGAAAAUAUGGGGGUUCCGAUUCCGGGACACGAACUACCCUCUCCUUCCUCAUCCGAGGAGGAAUCUGCUGACGAUGCCGCUCCCGCUAGCCCUUUCAGCUACGCGGAGUUGGAAGUUAAGUUAAAGCAGAUUACUCCUGACUGGAAAGCCAUCAAGCCCUCUGCUAAGAUGUUUGAUAUGAUAGAAACGCUGGUGAGGGGCCUCCGCAGCAUGUCUCAACAACACGAUCUUUUUACUCAGCUGCUGCAGACUGCAGACUAUAUGAGGACCUUCUCCUCUCGGCGCCAAGAGAUUGAAAAUCAGCUGCGUCUGAGAAUGGAGGAGGCUGAGGCCAAUUUAUCCACCAUGCGAGAGGAAAAUGAAGCCCUCCGAGCGGAGCUGGCUGAGGCGAAGAAUCGCGAAGAAUCGACUGCGGGUCGCCUACAUGAGGCGGAGGGUGAGGCAGCCCGGCUGAGGGACGAAGAGCAGACAUAG